AUGCCAAUGCUGUUCCUGGCCGAUUCAUCACCAUGGCUGUACACAUUGGUGAGACAGUUUGCAUGCAACCUGAGUUGUCUGGAAAUCCUGACAACCCAGCUGGUGCAGAUUGGCCAUUGUUGCCUCCAUGAUGUUGGCGCAGUGACCAAUUGGAUCACAGCCGUUCCGGUCGGUGGUUCAAGCUUGUUGCCACCAGUUGGGGCUUCACCACCACCACCACUCUGGCAUGAAGUCCAAAUAGUUCUGGAGGUGCUAAUUGCCCCAACGGUUAAAGGAGCAGCCCACACUCUGGAUCCCUUGAGGAACCGCUUUCUGUCUGACCUCCGUGUCUUGCUUUGGUUGCAUGCCACCUUGUCAUUGGUGUCAUCAGCAAGGCUGUUGCAUCCAUGGGUCCUGCCAAGGCCAUUGUUGCAAUUGAGUCCAUGGCUGUCAUUACGAUCACUGGCAUCAUUGCUGCCACGAGUGUCAUCCUUAUCAGCAAUGCUGUCCCUGUUACCAUCGGCCAAGCAUCCUUCACUUUUCGUGCCUAAUAUCCCUCAACUGUCGGAGUCCAACUUGUUGUUCUCAUGGUUGUUGAACACCACCGGAAAGGUUGGGGGCAUUCUGAAAUUGUGUAAUUUCUGGGGAAAUCCGUCCCUGCGGAUGGUGAGGAUUGUGACUCGGACAAUGAUUGGUCCUCUGCAUUCCCGAGAGGCCAACCACAUUCCUGUCCACUUGACGAUGAUGCUGUGGGCACCAUCAACACCUGCGUCCAGAUCCAACUCAUCAUCAUGUCGGAAAAUUCUGCUGACUACGGGUCCUGUUUGUCCUGAUCACUGCCAGAGCCCUCGGGCAUCUUGCUUUUGGUCUGGCCAGGCUCUGAUGAUGAUGGGAGCAGGUUCACUGGCACACCAGGUACAGACUGGGCCACUGCUGACUCCAAGAAGGUUAGGUUCUGGCCACAGACAGAAACCUGUCCUGUCCCAAUUAACAUGCCAGUUUGGUUGGCACCCGUGGCAGUACCUGGAGCCAGGUCGUGUCUCAUCCUUGCCAUUGGUGAUGCCAAUGUCCGGGGAUUCAAUCCGAUGGACAUUGCAAAACUCAUUGUCAUCCCUGAGUUGCAGUGAUGGGUUGCUCUCAGUCUCAUGGCUCUUGACAUUGGUGUUGAAGUCCAAUUCGCAAUCACAAUCCCCACUGGCAUCUUGCCACCAGCAGUGUUGGCAGCCACAAUGGUGUCAUCCCCUUGCAGGUUGGCAAAACCACCGAUGCCGAUGCCUGGCCAUUGUUAUCCAGAAUACAGCAAUCUCCAAGCUGGGAGACCAAUUGCAAUUCUGCAUAGCAGUAAUGAACAGGCAGUUGCCAAUGCAUCCCGUGGUCCUGCCGAAUCACGUGCGGUGGUCCAUCUGUUGGAAUCAAGAAUUGACUAUCUUGAUCUUCCACUUCAGCUGGAGGUUGAGAACUCCUGGUCCUUUGACAAGGCUGUCAAUCUGUGGUUGGAGUAACCUGUCAGCCUUGUAUGUCGUACUCCAUCCUGUACAUAGACUUCUUGUGUAUAAAAGACUCUAUCCUCAUUCUUUUUCUUCAAUUCUUAUUUUCUUGGGAAACAAUUUUCUGUGUCGGGCAUUUCUGCAUGCCCCGCUGGCUGAACCAUUCAUUCCUGUCUGUACUCCAUCAGGCUUGGGCAGCAAGGUUGUUGAUGCUGAUGGGCCUGGUGUUGUUUUCACUGACACUGUGGUUGCUGCUCCUUCUUUACCUGUUAUGGUGUCUGGGAACCACAAGGUCCGUGACCAGAGUGACCAGAGGUUCCUGUUUGGCAAGGCGGUGAACGACUUGCCAUCUGUUCAGGCCCUGGCCAGCAGGUUUGCCAUUAGUAACCAUGCUGGUUCUGAAGUCCUUGUGGCCAUAGCUGGGAGCAAACUGGGGUUGCAAGAGCAGAAUCUUACCUUGCUGCCUCAGCUGGGGUUAGUUGAGCUCAUUUGGUGGAAACCAUCCAUCGGGCUGUAUGGCUACAUCCAGCCUUGCCUCUGGGGUACCCUGGAAAUCAACCUUGACCAGUUCUGGAAGAGGAUGACUGGAAGCAGACCAUCAAAGGGUUCCUUAGCAAGGUAUGUCACUCCUUUGCAGCCUGGUCAGGCCGGAGGCAAAGCAACCUCCUUAGCAGGAUUCCUGCUGAGGAUUGAGAAGACCUCAAGGUCCCCAAAUGCUGAGGCCCCCACUAGGCGCCCAGAUGUGCCAGUUUACUUCCGGGCGACCCAGCAGUGGGGAAGCCCAGCGUGUUGGAAGGUUUGCUCAGACCUACCCCUGUCUGUUGGGAGAAAACUCUGGCUGGGCAACCAGGCCACCAAGGAGACAGAGUUGCCCACUACCUCAGGGUUGCUGCUCCCAAAACCGACCUCCAAGUGCUUGCGGCAAAAGGAAGUUGGCAGAUGGCCAUCUCCAGUCCUCAAUGAGCAGAAAACCCCACUGGUUGCUCUGGGAUUCCCCAUACUGGCACACGAUGCCUCAUCUGUAAGCAUAGAUAUGCCAUCAGAAACAUGUGCAACGUUGCGAGCAGCUGCAACCAUGGUUGAGGCCGUGGCUGGAAAGUCUCCCUCAUCCAGGGUUGUGGAUGCUGCAAGCCUACCCUUUCCACCCAAAUACGUUAUCCUCACCACUCCACCUGCCUCAUGUCGCACUAGCGAUCCACCUCGGGUAGGAAUACCCACACCUUCUACCCUAACCUCACUUGCAUUCAUUCCCAAAUCCCUGCCCCCAAGCUCUUUUUAUAUAAAAUCCUUAUUAAGUUCAAUCCGGCCAUCCGUAUUAUUAUCCCCUAUUAAGGUAAUUAACAUAAACGCAUUAAAAUUACCAAAUUUUUCAAUAAUUAAUUAUUAUUUUAACCAAACCAACAUUGUUGAUGAAUGGCAAGAGGGCAGACCAGGGUUUGACAAUGCCCUAGUUGUCACUGCCUGGGAGGUGGCUAGGUCCGUGGAAGUUGCCUUCAUCCCGGCCACAAGUUGCGGCUGCAGUCCAGGUGUCGACCCUUGGGAGUACUCUGUUCCAACAGGGGAAACUUGUGAGUCACCCUCACAGACAGAUAGAAGGCUCUGUCGCCGAUACCUGGGCCUGCGAAAGGGGCAUGACCUUGGGAUGGUGAGCUUGUUGGCUGACACCCUAGUGGUAUUGGAAGCCACCAAAGAAAGUGAAGAUGCCAUCGGCACCCUAACCAUUGGGCCCACUUCCAGCACUGCCACCCUGAUUGCCAGUUCGUGGCUCAGCCCUGCGGAAGAGGAAGAGGAAAUAUGUUGUUACCUCAACCAAGAACCUCACCAAUCUCUGCCAGGAUUUGCCACUGCUAACACUCAGGCUGAAGUGGGGUCCUUCUCACGGGAUGUCAAGUUGCCGCCCCUAGUGGCUGCGUUUAGAAGAUCUCUGGAAGUGACCUUUAGAAGAUGCGUUGAAUGCUGGGCAAGUCUUGAAUCUGCCCAGUGGGAAAGAGCCAAUGAAGAACACAUGGUUGUUGCCAAGAGACCAGAUUAUUUCAUCCCAUUACAUUUCCCAUUUAAUUAUUCUCUUUUAUUUG